AUGGCUAAACCUAAGGUGCUUUUGGUUUUGUACGAAGGCGGUGCCCACGCCAAGCAGGAACCCAGAUUGUUUGGAUGCCUUGAGAACGAGCUAGGCAUCAGAGAGCUUGUGGAGUCCAAGGGCUACGAAUUGGUCACAACCACCAACAAGGACCCAAUUGGCCUGUCCGAGGUUGACCAGCACUUGCCCGAGGUGGAGGUGAUUAUAACCACUCCCUUCUUCCCAGCCUACAUCACUAAGGAGAGAAUCGACAAGGCUCCCAACUUGAAGCUUUGUGUCACCGCCGGUGUCGGCUCCGACCACGUUGACUUGGACGCUGCCAACUCCAAAAACGUUACUGUCGCUGAGGUGACUGGAUCCAACGUGGUUUCUGUUGCGGAACAUGUCAUUCUGACCAUCUUAAACUUGGUGCGUAACAUCAUUCCUUCUCACGAGCAGGCCGUGUCUGGAGGCUGGGAUAUCGCCGGCUGUGCUAAGAACGAGUUUGAUUUGGAAGGCAAGGUUGUGGCCACCGUCGGUGCCGGCAGGAUCGGUUACCGUGUGUUGGAGAGAAUGAUCCCCUUCAACCCAUCCAAGCUCUUGUACUACGACUACCAGGAACUCCCUGCUCCAGCUACCGAGAAAUUGAACAAGGCUUCGGAAAUUUUUAAUGGCCAUGGCGACAUUGUUCAACACUACUCUGACUUGAACGAGAUGUUGGCUCAGGCCGACGUUGUCACUAUCAACUGCCCCUUGCACGAGAAGUCGAGAGGCUUGUUCAACAAGGAGACCAUCAGCCACAUGAAGGACGGCGCCUGGUUGGUCAACACUGCCAGAGGUGCCAUUUGUGUGGCCCAGGAUGUCGCUGAUGCUGUUGAAUCUGGUAAGCUCAGGGGUUACGGUGGUGACGUUUGGUACCCACAGCCAGCGCCUGAGGACCACCCUUGGAGAAGCUUCAGAAACAAGUGGGGCGGCGGAAAUGCCAUGACUCCCCACAUCAGUGGAACCUCGUUGGAUGCACAGGCUAGAUAUGCAGCAGGCACCAAGGCGAUCUUGAAGAGUUACUUUGACAAGACCUUCGACUACAGAAAGGAGGAUCUCAUUGUCAUCGAUGGUGAUUAUGCGACCAAGGCCUACGGCCAGCGUAAGUAG